AUGACACACCUGUACUAUUUGGGGACUGAGAAAGGUGCCACACGCCCUGGUUUCAGUCAGACUUGUUUGCUGGCACCGCAAAAGUCUGGUCCAAACGGACACUCUGGCAGUAACAGCAACAGCGGCAACAUGCCAAACCAGACUACGCAGGAAUGGAUUCGCGAGUCUUUGCGCACUCCAGGCAUCCUUAUCUUUGGCCUGGUCCUAUCCCCGUGCGGCUGGGUCCUGAACCUCACCUCCACAGUCGCCCCAAACUGGCGGACGCUCCACAACCUCCCCAACAGCCCCGCUGGCUUCACAGUCAUGCAGGGAAUCUGGGACAUCUGCACCAGCACCACUACCACAACCACUGCAACUCAAUUUGACUGUGGGCAAGAGGACACUGCUUAUUCCAACCACCAGAUCAUUGAGAUAGCUCAGGGGCUGAUGGUAGCUUCUCUCUUGGUCACGCUUGUGGGUAUAGCCGUAGCUAUUCCUGGGGUCCGCUGCUGGAGGGAUAACCCCAACUGGACAAUUGCAGGCCUGGGAGGACUGCUCAUCUUCUGCUCUGGCGUCAUGACCAUCAUCCCCAUCGCUUGGUACACACACAUCCUGGAGAGCAUCACCGUGGUUCCUCCUAAUGUCACGAUCAAAGUGGGCUACUGCAUCAUAUUGGGGUACAUAGGUGGGAUCAUGGAGGUGCUGGCUGGGUUUGUUAUGUUUAUAGGCAUAUGUCGGUGCUGCGGGGGGAAGAACAGAGGAGAGAUGCGUGUGGAGCAUGUCGUGAACCAACGAGAAAUCAGGCAAAGAGAGCCACCCAGGCGACCCAACGUGCCCAGUCUGAGCAGGCCGCAGAGUCAGCCCAGCAGUGUGGCGUACUCCAAGGCCUAUGACAAUGUGUCUUUCCCCCGAGCCAAGAGUGCAGCCCGGUCAGUGGAUACAGUAGUGAGUGGAAAGCCCUAUGAUGUGGACCUGUGA